CGCCCUAAAACCCCAACAAGAACCUUCCCCCAGUCCUCUCUCGCGUUCUAUCGUCUGGACUGCUCCUGGUGGUGGCGCGAGCGAGAGAGAUGAAAGGUUUGAGAGCCAUUUCUAGGGUUCUAUCCUCCUCUCCUUCUCCCCCUCCUCCUCUCUUUCAGAUUCUAAGCCCCCAUCUCGCCCGAUCCUCCCUCUCUCGAUUCUUUGCAUCCGGCACCCAAUCCCAAUCCCAAUCCCCUGCCGAUACUGACUCCGACGCCGAGCGACCUUCUGCCGAUUUCGACAGUUCCGAAUUCUCCCUUUUCAGUUCCACUCCCUCCGCCCCCCUUCGGCCGAUCUGGGACGAGGCCUACCGUGCAAAGGCCGACGCAGCUCUGUUUCAGAAGAGAGAGGCCUCUCGGAGCCUGAUCCAGCCAGAUGUCAUUGAGGAGGACCAGAAGACGGAGAGAGCUACCAGGCUCGCUAGGGCUCUUCUCGAGGCGGCGCUGGAGCCUCCCGAUGACGCCGAGGAGGAAAACAUGGCGGUGAAGGAGGAAGAUCAGCGGUCGCUCUCGGUUGGGGUCAUUGGGGCACCCAAUGCCGGAAAGUCUAGCUUGACAAACUUUAUGGUUGGAACAAAGGUUGCUGCAGUCUCACGGAAAACCAACACAACUACUCAUGAAAUUUUGGGAGUGAUGACAAAAGGAAAUACCCAAAUAUGUUUGUUUGAUACUCCAGGUCUCAUGAUAGGGCAUCAUGGAUACCCCUACAGGUCAGAUGUCAAGGUUCGCGUGGAGAGUGCUUGGAGUUCCAUUGAUCUAUACGACCUUCUGAUUGUGUUAUUUGAUGUACAUCGGCAUUUGACAGUGCCUGACAAUAGAGUGAUAAAUUUGGUUAAACGCCUAGGACAACAGGUUCAGUCAACACAAAAGCGGGUGUUAUGCAUGAACAAAGUUGAUCUUGUAGAAGACAAAAAAAAUUUGCUGAAAGUUGCAAAAGAAUUUGAAGAUCUUCCUGGAUAUGAAAGGUAUUUUAUGAUAUCUGGAUUAAGUGGUUCUGGAGUCAAAGACCUUGUCCAAUAUCUGAUGGAUCAGGCAGUUAAUAGGCCUUGGGACGAAGAACCCACAGCUAUGACUGAAGAAAUGAUGAAAACCAUAUCAUUAGAAGUUGUACGAGAAAAGAUGCUAAAUUAUAUUCAUCAGGAAAUUCCUUAUGUUAUUGAACACCGGCUAAUGGAUUGGAAGGAACUGAGAGAUGGCUCUCUUAGGAUAGAGCAACACUUUAUUACACCAAAACAAAGCCACCGCCAAAUCAUUGUUGGAAAAAAUGGCUCUAAAAUUGGGAGAAUUGGCAUUGAAGCCAAUGAAGAGUUGAGAUCAAUAUUUAAAAAAGAGGUGCAUCUCAUUCUCCAAGUCAGAGUAGCUCGAAAGCGGAAUGCAUGAGGGAAGAUGGUUGUUUUUGUGCAUUAUAUAACCGGGUAUUUAUAUGAACUUGCGGUUGGCAUGACAGAGAUACUUCAGGGAGAAUAUGCAAGGAUGAAUAGAGCAUCUUGCAGCAACGCCAACUCGUGGUCUACACUCAAGAACUUAAGCUGGUCACCCAUCUGAGAGCCCUGUGCUCAAGGUAACCAACUCAGCACACAAUUUAUCGUCUGAAAUGUUGUCAGGACAUGCAUAAACAACAUAAGACGAACCUCAAUUUCAAUACACCUCAGGUUGUACGAAACUGAUAAGUUGUGAUUUUUUUUACUUGGAUGGAUGGCUUAUGACAUGACGUUAUUGUCUUGCUUAAAAUCCAAUCCUUACAAAAAAAAAUCUUCAUUCAUUUCAUCUCUUGGCAAAUAUAUGUAAUUGCAACGCACUCAGCUUCUGUAGUUGAAAGAGAACACUUUUGCUACUUGUGUUGUGAAAAAAAUGUUACCUCUGCAGAAUUCAGUAAAAAAUGCAUACCUCCUAAUGUCUGUAUUCGUGGUCA